AUGCAUGGAAUUUGCUACAAGCCAAGUGUGAAGAUCGACUUUCGUGGUUAUUCGGACGCAGACUGGUCCGGCGACCUUACUGAUCACAAGUCAACGUCUGGCUACGUCUUCAUACUAUUGGGUGCUCCGCGGAGUACAUUGCGCUUGAGUCUGGCGACUCAAGAAGGCAAGUGGAUCCACUGCUUACUAUGCAAGAUCAUGGCGGCUGCUAACGAGUACGGACCCGAGCUCAUGAUCCGUGAAGACAAAUAG